AUGGCGUGCAAAAGAAAAGUCAUCAACAAAGAUUUGCGUCACUACUUGAGCCUGCAGUUCCAGAAAGGCUCAGUAGACCAUAAACUGCAGCAAGUGAUCAGAGACAAUCUCUAUUUGAGAACCAUUCCAUGCACUACAAGGGCUCCCAGGGAUGGGGAGGUCCCUGGGGUGGACUAUAAUUUUAUUCCUGUUGAACAAUUCAAAGCACUGGAAGAAAGUGGAGCCUUGCUGGAAAGUGGAACAUAUGAUGGUAAUUUCUAUGGUACUCCAAAGCCUCCAGCAGAGCCCAGUCCCUUUCAGCCUGAUCCAGUGGAUCAAGUUCUUUUUGACAAUGAUUUUGACACUGAAUCACAGAGGAAAAGAACCACAUCAGUCAGCAAAAUGCAAAGGAUUGACAGUUCUCUUCCUGAAGAAGAGGAAGAGGAGGAAAAGGAAGCCGUAAAUGGCAGUGGAGGGAUAGAAAACAAAGAAAAACAUUCCGAUCCUUCUGACUGGAUGAAACCUGUGCCCAGUUACAACCAGACAAGCAGCUCCAUGGAUUUCAGAAACUAUUUGUCAAGGGAUGAGACCCUGGAACCUCUACCCAAGAACUGGGAAAUGGCCUACACAGACACGGGCAUGAUCUACUUCAUAGACCAUAACACCAAGACAACUACGUGGCUUGAUCCUCGGCUCUGCAAGAAAGCCAAAGCUCCUGAAGACUGUGAAGAUGGAGAACUUCCUUAUGGAUGGGAAAAAAUAGAAGACCCUCAAUAUGGAACAUACUAUGUUGACCAUAUUAACCAGAAAACUCAGUUUGAAAACCCAGUGUUGGAAGCCAAAAGAAAAAAACAGCUAGGACAAACUGAUGUUGGCCCUUCAAAAUCAGGAGCAGAGAAGUCUCUCUUCACUAGAGAUCCAGCCCAGCUUACUGGAGCCCUCAUACGGACAUCCCUGAAGAAAAGUACAAUGGGAUUUGGCUUUACGAUCAUCGGAGGGGACCGACCUGAUGAGUUUCUGCAGGUGAAGAAUGUGUUAAAAGAUGGUCCUGCUGCACAGGAUGGGAAAAUUGCCCCAGGUGAUGUAAUUGUCGACAUAAAUGGAAAUUGUGUCCUUGGCCAUACCCAUGCAGAUGUUGUCCAGAUGUUUCAACUAGUUCCUGUGAACCAAUAUGCGACCAUGACUUUGUGUCGUGGUUACCCUCUUCCUGAGGACAAUGAAGACUCUGUUGUAGAUAUAGUGACAGCUACACCUCUUAUCAAUGGACCGCCUGUGGCCAAAGGAGAUGUUUGCAUGCCCAGUCAAGAGUUAAUACCAGGCACAGUUGUACUGGACCAGAACGGAAAGCCAGGCCCUAUGUUAGUCAACGGUCGUCUGAACGGCCCUUCCGUGGACACAAACGAGCAGAGAGUCUCUGUGGCAUCUUCAGGAGGAUCUCAAGCAGAGCUGGUCACCAUUCCUCUCGUCAAAGGUCCUAAAGGCUUUGGGUUUGCCAUUGCAGACAGUCCUACAGGACAGAAGGUGAAAAUGAUUUUAGACAGCCAGUGGUGCCAAGGCCUUCAGAAAGGAGAUGUAAUCAAAGAGAUUUGUCAUCAGAACGUACAGAACUUGACACAUCUGCAGGUGGUAGAGGUGCUGAAGCAAUUUCCAGUAGGAACAGAGGUGCCACUGCUUAUCUUAAGAGGAGGUCCUCCUUCACCUACUAAAACUGCCAAAGUGAAAGAUAAACAAGACAAUUCAGGGAGUCUAGAAGCUCUCAGCGAUCCCAUCCCACAGCCUAUGCCUUUUCCACCCGCUGCUGUAAGAUCAGGCUCUCCUAAGCUAGACCCUUCAGAAGUCUACUUGAAGUCUAAGACUAUAUAUGAGGACAAGCCUCCAAACACAAGAGAUUUGGAUGUUUUCCUGCGGAAACAAGAGUCAGGCUUUGGUUUCCGGGUGCUUGGAGGCGAUGGCCCAGAUCAACCAAUUUAUAUUGGAGCCAUAAUCCCAUUGGGAGCAGCAGAAAAAGACGGCAGGCUUCGAGCUGCUGAUGAACUGAUGUGCAUUGAUGGAGUGCCUGUUAAAGGGAAAUCACACAAACAAGUUUUGGACUUAAUGACCAGCGCUGCACGAAAUGGUCAAGUGCUGCUCACAGUCCGGAGGAAGAUCUUCUUUGGUGGAGAAAAGCAACCAGAGGAGGAAGAGUCACAGUCUAUCUCAGGCCCAAAUGGGUCUCCCCGACUGAAUAGGUUGGAGUUUGCAAGCCAGCAGUCCUCAGAGGUCUAUGAUGUCCGUCUACAGCGAAAGGAAAAUGAAGGAUUUGGCUUCGUCAUUCUCACCUCAAAAAAUAAACCUCCACCUGGCGUGAUUCCUCACAAGAUUGGCCGUGUUAUAGAGGGCAGCCCAGCUGAGCAGUGUGGGAAGCUGAAGGUGGGAGACCGCAUCUCGGCAGUGAACGGUCAAUCCAUCGUCGAGCUCUCACAUGACAACAUAGUGCAGCUGAUCAAAGACGCAGGCAACGUGGUCACUCUGACUGUCGUUGCUGAGGAAGAACAUUGUGGUCCUCCAUCAGGAACAAACUCUGCCAAGCAGAGUCCAGCUCCGCAGCACAGACCUCUGGGAUCAGCACAGAGCAACCCUCCCGGUGCAGACAGGGCCACCACAGAAGGUGAAGCUGGAAAAGAAGUAUCAAAUACUUACAGGCUUUCAUGGCCCGAGCAUAAGCACUUGUCACAGUCUGAGGGGGCUGUUGCUUCAACAGCUGGAAGCCGUCACCCCCAGAAUCCUGGCUGCUAUCCAGUAGAAUUGGAAAGAGGUCCUCGAGGGUUUGGGUUCAGCCUUCGUGGAGGAAAGGAGUACAACAUGGGCUUAUUCAUCCUUCGACUUGCUGAAGAGGGGCCAGCAAUCAAGGAUGGGAGAAUACAUGUUGGUGACCAAAUUGUUGAAAUAAACGGAGAACCCACCCAAGGAAUCACUCACACACGAGCCAUUGAGCUGAUUCAGGCUGGUGGGAAUAAAGUUUUGCUGCUGCUGAGACCAGGGACUGGCUUGAUUCCAGAUCACAGUGAUUGGGAUAAUUAUAAUCCAUCUUCAUCAAAUGUAAUAUAUGAAGAACCAUCACCAAUAUCUUCAUCUUCACAGUCUGCUUCCCCAUCUGAAGUGUGUUAUUUACCAACAUCAGAAGAAGCUUUAAUGAAAGUUCAGCUGUCUGAGAAACUGGAACAAGCCAAGAACACUGUGCUUGAAAAGAUAAGCACUUUAUCUGAAAUCCCGUCUGAGAUUAAGCCUAUGUCUUCUCCGCAGAGAACAAAGAGCAGAUGGGGUCAUCCCUCCAGUCCUGGGUUGGAAAUGACAAAAAGAGAGACAUGUGCAAGUCCAGAAAGGUUCGGGACAUCUGAGGGACGACAUCAGACUGGAUUUCACAGCCCUGGACAGGGUGACCUUGGAAAGCUCCCUGGCAAUCCCGCACAGAAAUCUGACAGUUCCAGAAGAGGUGAGGGCAAACCCACAUGUGCAGGGCUGAACAGCAGCAGCGAGACAGAAUAUUCCAGAGCAAACCAAGGCAGGGGUGCCAGUCCCCAGAAGUAUCUUGGUAAACAAGGAACCACAGAAACGUCAGCAAAGUUGCAAGAGAAUCAGGAUAGAACAACUGAGGGUGACAUUAAGACUGCUGAGCAGUUGAAAAGUGGAAGUGGUAAAAUAGGAGUCACAAGGAAAGAUGCAAACCAGGAAAGUUCUGGAAUGAAGGAAGGGUGGCUGCUGGAGAGAAAAUACCCAGCAUUUGAAAAUACUCUUCCAUUCAGUAAGGCCAGUGAUGCUAGGACAAAAUCCUCUGAAGAUGAAAAAAUAAAGAAGUCAAACUCUGGAGAGCCAAGUUUCAGCAAAUUCAAAACUUCAAGUCUUUCCAAUAUUCCACUGCUUUCCAUGGAGAAGCAAAGGUGGCUGGAACCCCCAGAGACUGUUACUUUAAACAGGCAACACAGACACACACACAUGGGGCCACUUGAUGAAACCAAAGAUGAUGGAGUCUCGAAAUCAGAGAACAGUUCACCAGUUAAGAGAGCACCAAUAACACCUGGACCUUGGAAGGUACCAAGUGCAUGUAAAGUCACCAAAACAGCAAGCGUGGCUGAAAAACGGAAACUGUUUAGAGGCUGGAAAAUAAUCUGAUUUAUUCUUAAAUUAUCUAAGCUGCAUGAAGGAACUUUGGAUUGCUUAAAUGAAACUCCUCCAUAAGCUGCUUCCCCCUUGUCCCUUCGGAGGCGGUGUCUGCUGCUCCCAACGUUGCACUGCUACAACAUUCCCAGAUAGUAUUGUGAGGGUCUGAACAAAAUUAUUUAAUGCCUAUUUUGCCAGUGUGAUCAUGACUCACUUGUUCUUGUGCCAAGUUACCUACUGUAUCCAGUCAAUCUAAUCCUUCUCAUAUGUAAUCCAGUCACAGAAAAGACAAGGUUUUAUUUAAAAUGGAUAUUUUCUCAAGAGCAUGUUGCAUGUUUACAUAAGGAAAUACCCAUGUUUUUACUGCUUCUGUAAGAAGAUGGGUGGGUUGGUUUUAUCAAUUCUAGGGCAGCAAUGAGCCACUAAUGCUGUUCCAAAAGAUAUGUUUG